AUGCGCGCCGUGGGACUCCACGCUCACUUGCCCAUCGAUGACCCCGCCUCCCUCGUCGACCUUGUCGUUCCAGUGCCCACCAUUGCUGGCCACGACCUGCUAGUCCACGUCCAUGCCGUGUCUGUCAACCCCGUAGACUACAAGAUCCGGUCUCCCAGCGGACAAGCGCCUUUAACGGCCCCUAAGAUCCUUGGUUACGAUGCCGCCGGCGUGGUUGUUGCCGUGGGAUCGGACGCGUCCCUCUUCAAAGUUGGAGACGAAGUCUUCUACGCCGGAACGUGGACGCGCAACGGUACCAAUGCCGAGUACCACGCCGUUGACGAGCGCAUUGUGGGACGCAAACCCGCCUCGCUCAGCUUUGCGGAUGCGGCGGCCUUGCCACUGACCAGCAUCACCGCAUGGGAAGCCUUGUUCCAUCGCCUUGGAGUUCCGACUUCAUCAGCUGGUGCCGCUACCACUUCGACCAAGAAAAAUGCAUCGGUGCUCAUCCUCAACGGCGCUGGAGGAGACAACUUGCCAUUCCAAAAGUUGUUUGCCAAGAGCGUCACGUUCGUGUGGGAGCUCAUGUUUACUCGUGCUGUGUUCAACACUGAAGACAUCAUUGAGCAACAUCGUCUGCUGAACCAAGUCAGUGCGUUAGUAGACGCCAAGCGACUUCGCACCACGGUGGGCAAGUCACUGGGGACGAUCAACGCUGUGAACUUGAAGCUAGCCCAUGUGGCUCUGGAAGCGGGCACGGUUGUUGGCAAGUUGGUGCUGUCGGGGUUUUAG